GGUGCACUUACGAUUGUGCGAUCGUCGAUCUAUCUUUCCGAGAAAUUCACGAACAAAAUCUUUUUCGUCGUGGCGCGCGCAGGUUCCUCAUCCAAGGGGCCAAAGUAAGUGAUAAGCGGGAAAUUGCAUCUACAAGAGGGCUUUAUCUGUGCAAGGAAAAGCGUUCCAAGGAGCUUUGGUCAACCUUCUCCAAGUGUCGAUUAAAUGCUAGUGUUUGCAGUCGUUUAUAUGAAUACGUGUUCGUGAUUCACGCAAGUGCAAUCAACGAUCGUUUGACCGGUGCGCCUCACAAAGUCGACUACUUGUUGUUUAGUGUUCCAACGGGGAUUGUGGACCGCCAAAUAAUCGUCUGGCACCGAUAUCGGUUAUCAAAAAGUUACCAAAAUGACCCUGCGCCGAAGAAAUCCAUUUCCCGGAUACCCAACCCAGACCUAAAAGAAAAGUCUGGGCAGCACAUGAAACACAUAUUUGGUGGCGCUAAAAAUAGAAAAUUACACUUUGCACAUUCAUUUUCCCCGAAGUAAGAAGCGGAUAAGAAUUUUCCUUUCGUCUGCCAUUUGACUACUACUACUUUGGUCACUGGUGAUCUCGCGUGUGUGGUGUUAAUGAAGAACACAUUAAUAAACCUUUGUCACGUCAGAAUAGUGGAAAUAUAGAAAGCUGAUAAGUGAUCGAGGCAACAACCGAUCGUUUUUCUCCGUGAAUCAUUGUUAGCGAAUGUCUCAUCAUGCUGGUGAGAGGCUGGCGUUUUUUAUAAACAGAACUGCCUCUAACCGCUUCUUGGUGCAUGGUACGUUAACACAGUUACUGCACAAACCAUCCAAGUGAAUCGAUGGCCAUAAUCUUUGGGAGCCCGAGACUUUUCAACACUAGAAGAAAAAAAAAACAAACAACCGUUACUGUUUCUCAUGAAAGUAUAGUUCAUUGGAUGCGUGGGGAUUGUACCGCCUAGUGCUACAAAGAGAAAUCUUCAACACGAUCACUCCACGAUCGUGGCUUGGUGCUAGCAAAACUGCAUUGCCUAACACAACACAAGGCCACGAUUCAGCAGCUAGAGUCAAAUUAUCCCUGUGCAAAGUGAACAGACACGAGAGACGAAGCGCCUAGAGAAGCCGAAGCAGAAGGAAAAGAAGUGCCAUUUCAUGGCUUUCGGAAGUGUCGACACAUGACAUCAUCCACCGCGGAGGGUGGCCAAACAAUUUGAAAGAACAUCCCACAACAGCGUGCGCGUAAAAAGUGUUAGUGCAGUUCGUCUUCCGUCCCACCCGCAAUUUUGGACUGACCAAAAUGACCGAUUUGUCCUACCGUCACGGCAAUGGUGCGUCGACUAGCAGCAUCUACGACUACCCGGAGCAUCUGAAUCCGUUCUAUGAGGAUGAGAAUCACAAGCGGUUGCGCUUCUGGAACCACAAGCCGGCCUCGAACCGAUCGCAGCGCCGGGGUAGCUUCUCGAGCUUACGCGACGGCAUCCGCGAGUUCUGGCAGUACUCAUCAACACACUUCAGGAAGAAGCGUUCAUCAACGCUCGGAGUCAACAAAACGUCGGAAAGUCCGCCACCCUUGCGAAGGGAAGUGUACGAGGACGAUACCUAUGCUACCGUCGGAGGAGGCAACGGUCACUACCGGAACACAGUCAACGUUACCGGCUAUGAAACACCGGCGCGCCAAACCCAAUCCUACUCAAACACACCGUUAUUUGUACGGCAUUCGCGCUACCGAAGCACGAUGCAAAGUCCCACCAAGGAUAACGAAGAAAUAGGAUUUACACGCAACGACCGCUACCGUAGCACGAUCCAGAAUGGGUUCUCAACGUAUAGUACGGGCAUGGUAACGUCUACGCCACGCAAGAAGCAAGCUCCGGCGUUGCCGUACGGUACCACACCGCGAGUUCCGCAGCAACAUGAUAACACGAAUCCAUUCGAUGAACCGAUGGACCAAGACGGAGAUACGCUGUCCACGUUCAGUCUGGACGAUGGUGAUACUAGCACCUUAAGAUCACGCAAAAGUGGAACUAAAAUGCGGACAAAGCGUAGAGCACCUCCACCUCCACCUGUCUCCAUUACCCAAACCUCCACCUCGCAAGCAAUCGAUGCUUCAACGGCGAACGAUGACCAGAAUGAGGAUUUGAGAAAUCUUGCGGCAGAAAUUGAGAGCUUCGUACGAGUAUCAUCCACUACUGGUGAUGAUAGACCGCAGGCCCAGAAUACUGAAACCAAUGCCGAUGUCGCCCAGUCGUGCGAUGUCAAUAAUAAUGCAGAGAGCACAGAGAUUCCUACUACCGUAUCUGCGAUAGAACGCGAAAUCGUACAAGAAGUGCGAGCUGUUGAUAAUGUUCCUAAAGAAACGAUCACCGUACAACCCACAGCAGACACCGCGGAGAAAAUCGUGCUAACAAACAAAAGUGAAGAUGUGCCAUCAGAAGGCUCGUCCACCAAGGUGACAGAGGCACACACAGUCACUAUUGACCAAAUUGUUACCGUGGAGAAUGGUCAAUCGACACCUCCGCUUCCAGCAAGUCCUGUACCGAUACCGCGCAAAAAGCAGGACAAAAGUGAACCACCAGUGGUAUCACCACCAAGCGAACCACCAGAUACUGUACCGAGUGAGAUCGAUUUCGACCAGCUGGCCCUUCCGGUAACACCCGUUCCGACACGUCGAAUGAACCGCGAACGGUACAUGGCACAGCAGGUAACGACGGUUGAGAAACCCGCCCCUAAGUUACCCAUUCCUAAGUCACCACCGGCAACCACGGCUGCAAGGGAUGAAGAUGACGACGGUCCAACAACGACAAUCAUCGUGGAAAACGUGCAAUACAAACUGAAAGUAGCCCCGAUUCCUACCGAGAUUAACACAAAGAUUGAGUCAGCACGCAUGAAAAUAAGCGAAUCGACCAGUAACAUAGCUACUGUGGCCACGGCAACCACCGAUCAGGAAACGGCCGAGAGGCGCCGUUCGGUACGGGACAUUAUCGAGUCGAUUAACAAGAGUCAGAGUAUGCUCAAGUUUAACCAUGAUCAGUCAACCAACAGCCUGCAAUCGACCCAGUCGACCGAUAGCGUGACACGCAACAUCCGGGAACUGAAUGAGCGUGAGAAGGAAAUACAGAACCUGCUGCAGGAUAUCAAUUCAUGCUAUGGUGCUACUUCAGAGGAUACACCUAAAGGUGAUAGUUUGGUAGUUGCGCCGGUAUCGGCUCCACUGUCCACGGGUCGUGGAUCAUAUUACGAUAAUUUGGCAGACGACAACUUGUGUGCGAACCUGGAUGACCGGAACCAGGCCGUGGGAGGUAGGGUUAAGAAAAGUCCAACCAAAACGCUGAUACUCAGCGAAGCAACCGAUGAACAGCAGUAUCUGGAUUGCAUGGACUGGAAUCCGGUGCCGAAACCGCGACGUUCUAAUGUGCCUUAGGUGCGCUUGUACUUUCGAUUGUUACAACUACAGGUUCUUGGGUCCUACGGUGCAAUUUGGGAGGUGCAAAUGAUUAAAACAACUUCGGUGUGAUUGUGUUGUAGGGUUACGCUUAGAAUUCGACUCCCGUUCGAGAUACACUAUUUAUAGAGCCGCGCUUGAGACGACGACAACGGAGUCGUAGUUUAAUUUCAUGUUCUAACGCUCAAACAGCUUGAAGCCUGUGUGGGGGGCAUUAUGGUUCCCCAUCGCCAGUGCUAAAUCGGUAACAGAUUUUCUGGAAAAUAAAUAUCUGGGAAACCGCCACUCACACGACC